UAAUUGUCUAGAGCCUCAGCACUAUGCAAACUGCACCCAUCUAAAAGAACGAAAGUGGCUUACUUUCACCCAAACUAUUGCUUUCACAUGUUUGAUAACACAAAACUUAAAAGAAAGUCUGGACUCUCUCCUUCCCAAAUCCCAAUUAUACUAUUCACUUUAAGCAACUUGCCGCAAAUCGGGGAGGGCGUGCGGCCACUUUCCGUGAAAGUAUUUACUCAAAACAAAAAAAAGGCUUUCGAUGAAAGUCAGGACCCUCCCGCUCUAAGGAGAAGCCCUGAAGCCCUUUCUAACGUGAAACCCUUUUCAAAAAUCCACUCGCAGAGAAGAAGAAAACUCACGCUCACAGCUGCUGCCCUCUGCAAACCCUAGGUUGAAGAAGAUAAAGGGACUCGCUCACAGUUCGCUCCAUCGCCAUCAUCACAGAACCAAAUGUCCUUCUUCUUAUAACCCUAAUAUCGGCAACUCCAAACCCUAGCUUCCCCUCACGACAUGUAAUCUCCCACCACAAACUCUAUCAAUCUCCUCUCCCCAACCUUGCGAAGCUAUGCUCAACCCAUGGAAGCAAUGGAUCAAACAGUGACGACGAAGAAGGCGAGAAGAGCAAAACCGCAAACCGGUGGAGCCUUUCACCAGAAAAUGGCAAUGAAAAAUGGGAUAUUUUCAAUGAGAAGGAUGACGAUGCAGGGUUUAAGGGCCUUGCAAGCCUUGGUGGCGAGGAGGAGAGAGAAAACUCUAUUGGUUUACAGAGAGAAAGUCAAAUGGGACUAUAGAGAGAAAGUUAUGAAGGUGAAAAAUGGUCGAUUUUUGGGGUGGAAAAAGAUGUGCUUAAUGAUCUUGCAGGUUUAAGGGGUGAAGAGGAGAGAGGAUUUCAUGGUGGAAUGGAGAGAGAAAGAGGUGAGGGUUUAGAGAGAGAAAGCGAUGAAGAAAAGAAAUGGUCAGUUUCAGGAGUUGAAGAAGAUAUAUUCAAAGAAGUCGACAAAGAGUUUGGAUCAAAGGGAAAAGAUGAUGAAUGGGAAACAGCAGAGGGUUUCGAGCCAUGGAGCUUUGACGAAGGGGAAGAGGGCAAGGGCAUGGAGGGAAUUUCAGAGAAAGAUGGAGACAAAAUGGAGCCAGAGUUGAGUGAGGCUGAUAAACUGUUGGAGGAGGAGGAAAAGGGGCUAUCUGUAGUGCUCAAAGGUCCUGAUCGUGCAUUUGGAGACCUGAUUGCUGCUUCAGGAAUCACAGAGGUUAUGCUUGAUAGCUUGAUUGCCCUAAAGGACUUGGAAGGCAUUGAGGGAUUACCACCUCUUAGUGAGAUUGAGGAUGCCUGCCUGGCAAAAAGUGAAAAGAAAUCCCCUAGAUUUGAAAUGGAGCGCCAAAAACAGGAAGAAAUAGCUAAAUCAUAUGUAAGAGAAGUUGAUGAAAAAGGAAGGGCAUAUGGUACUGGAAGGAGGAAAUGUAGCAUAGCUCGUGUUUGGGUUCAACCUGGUGAUGGAAAAUUUAUUGUCAAUGACAAGCAAUUCGAUGUUUAUUUUCCAAUCCUCGGCCAUCGUAUUGAUCUUCUGAAACCAUUUGUUGAGACCAAGACUCUGGGUCUUUGGGAUGUGAAGUGAACUGUGACAGGAGGUGGUGUAUCAGGUCAAGCUGGAGCCAUUCGUCUUGGAAUAAGCAGAGCUUUGCAAAAUUGGGAACCUGAGCUCCAGUCAUAUCUCAGAUCAACUGGGCUUCUUACCAGAGACCCACGUGUAGUGGAAAGAAAAAAGCCCGGGAAGGCCAAGACGAGAGAGUUUUCAGUGGGUUAACGGUGAAGAAAGAGUAUGCAGAUUGCCUCCUCAUAUUUAUCUGCCUUCAUUUUUGUUUCUCAAUCCAAUUUUGUAGCCAAAGUAUACAAUGUCAGCAUGUCAUAAUAAUAAUAAUAAUAAAAAUGUGAUUCUGUUUUGUGUU